AUGCACGUCCCCGCCCAGCUCCCCACCUACGACCAGAAGCAGUGGGGGCGCGGGCGGCGGCGACUUCAAGGCAGCGACGAUGAAGACGGCGAUGGCGAUGGCCAGCAGGCCGUGCAUCUUUGCCCAUCCUCGCCCAGCUCAAGCUCGACCUUCCAUUUGCAGCACCCAUCCGCAAAGGCACCGCCGCGCCGCAACGGCGGGCAUCGCAGCAGCAAGGGAAAGGCUGCCGCCUGGCUCUCCGCGGGAUGUUUCUGCCUGGCGGCGCUCGUGUGCUGCGCCGCCGUGCCCGGCGCGCUGGCGUCCGAGGGGGACCGCUCCCUCGAGUACAUCUCGUGCGUCAAGUCACGCUUCAACGACGUCUGUGGCCCGGACGGCGUCGACGACGGCUUCACCGGCCGCCCCGAGCCUGAGAUACACCCGGACUCGACAUGGCUGCCAUGGAUCCUGCGCGUUACGCGCUGGGACUGUCUCGACGACACCAAGUACCACUGCACGCACAAGGUCACCAACGACGCCGCGCGCCACGUCCAGCUGCUCCGCCAGCAGGUCCACGAUAGCGUUCGCCUCGCCUCGGGCGCCCAGACUGUUCCGUCAGCCGUGCUGCGAAAGCGUGAAAAGGAACUCUUCGAUGCCGAGCUGGCGAAGCUGCCGCCCGUACAGAAGCAGAUGGUCCAAUUCUACGGCAAGUGGGUCUUUGUCCGCCUCUGUGGUGCCCAGGAGCCGCUCUCCGCCCUGGCCAGUCUGCUCAACCUUUGGGUACACGCCGCGGCACUCCUCAAGAUCCGUCGCCAGAUCCCUGAUGUCUUUCCGCUCAAGCUCGUCUACAUCUCUCACGCGCUCAUCAGCAUUAAUGCAUGGACCUGGAGCGCUGUUUUCCACACGCGCGACAAGCCCUUGACCGAGAAGAUGGACUACUUUUCCGCCGCCAGCGUCCUCCUCUCCGCCCUUUUCUUCACCGCCUGCCGCCUCUUCCGCCUCGCGCCGUGCACCCGUCCGUUUGUCACACUGCUCCGCGCUAUGGCUGCCGCGUUCACACUUCACGUGCUCUACCUCUCCUUUGCCCACUUCGACUACGGCUACAACAUGACCGCCAAUGUGCUCGUCGGCCUCGCCCACGUCACCCUCUGGGCCGUCUUCAGCGUCCGCCCCGCCGUCUUUAGUGGCAUCGACCCGCGCGGCGACCGCUUCAGCUCGGCGCGUUCCGCCAUGCGCGCCAGCAAGCCGCGCAGCGCUAUCGUCUCCACCGCCGCUGCCAACGCGUCCAGCAGUGCCAUGUCAAUGCACCACCACCACGUUACUGCUACCACCACCUCCAGCAGCAGCUCGCAUCCGGGCUCGGAUGCGCACUCGCACUCGCAUUCACCGCCCGCGCCUGUGUCCUCCUCUCUGGCGGCGCACCGCCUCGCGACGCCCGAGUCGCGGCGCAUGCUGCAGAUGCUUCUGCUCGGCACGGUCGCUGCGACGCUGCUUGAGCUGCUUGACUUUCCGCCGCUGUGGCGCUUUGUCGACGCGCACGCUCUCUGGCACCUUGCCACCGUGCCCCUGACGUACGCCUGGUACGACUGGCUCAUCAACGAUGCGCGCGCGUGUGUCGGCAGCGGCUGGUGGAUCGGCGACGGCGUCGAGAAAGUUGUCACGCGCGUCGAGCCGCUGCUGGACAAGCUGCGCGUGCUCCUUGCCACGAUCCUCCGCGGCCGUGCCGACGCGCAGUACUUUGAGCGCAUCGACAUUGGCGUGGUGUCCAGUAAGUUCAGCGAACUCGCCGAGCGCGCCGGUUUCGCCAGCGCGAGUCGCGCCGGCAUAAGAGGGGAGGCAGAUGCAUCAGCGGAAGGAGGCGCUUGCGCCGGUGCCGGCGCAGCGGGGGUCGCUGCACGGCUUGGGCUCGGAGAAGGGGGUUAG